GUUUUACGGUUCACUGCACACUCCAGCACCAAAGUCAUUCUCUGCCUCUCGUCACAUAGUUCCCCAUGAAGACCCUGGUGAUGCUUAUCCUGGCAUGGCCACUGGCUCUUCUUUACCUUGGGCUACAUGCACAGUGCGAGCAGCCUGUCAAUUGCCAGUGGGGAUCUUACGGAGACUGGUCGGAGUGUGAUGGCUGCACCGGGAUGCAGACACGGACGCGACCCGUCCAGGUAUAUGCCCAGUUUGGAGGCAUCCCCUGUUCAGGAGAGCCCACCCAGAAGCAAAGUUGCACCACCAAGAGAGGCUGCCCCUUGGAGGCAGGCUGUGGAGAGAGAUUCCGCUGCUCCUCAGGGCAGUGCAUCAGUCAAAACCUUGUCUGCAACGGGGACCAGGACUGUGAGGAGGAUGGUUCUGAUGAGCAGCAGUGCGCAGAGUCCACCAUCGCCAGUGUGUGUGACAAGCAGCAGAUCCCUCCCAAUACAGAACUCACUGGAAAAGGGUUUGAUGUUUUGAAAGGCCAGCUAAGGGGCAAUGUGAUUAACACAAAGAGCUUUGGCGGCCAGUGCAGGAAGGUGUUCAGCGGAGACCUGCGGUCUUUCUACAGGCUGCCCAGGAGCCUCCUUGGGUACACCUCCCAGGUGAGCACCCAGAAUGAUUUCAGUGAUGAAUUUUACAACAGCUCGUGGUCCUACGUUAAGGACAUCGACAACAGACAGACCUCGGACCGUGGGCACCAUUAUUAUACAUUUCAUGACGAACUGUUCAAUACCAAGACCUACAGGCUGUUGGUGAUCAAGAAUCAGGUGGAGGUGGCUCAGUUCCAGAACAGUCCCCCUGAGUAUCUCGCUUUGUCUGAGGACUUCUGGAAGGCACUGGCCUCACUACCAACUGUGUACGACUAUGCUGCAUACCGGGGGCUUAUUGAAGACUAUGGGACCCAUUUCCUGUCCGAAGGCUCGCUCGGGGGCAGCUACCAGGCACUGCUGUACAUUGAUGCAGAGACCAUGGAAAAAAUGACUUCCAGCAGCACCGAUUUCCAUGAGUGUGUGACCACGACCUUCCGGUUCCUGUUCAUCAGAUGGAGCACGACCAAAUGCCGGUCUUUCAUAAACUCCCUGUAACAAAGCCAAGGUUUCAGAAAAGACCAGAGAAAUGCAUACAGCCCCAUCAUUGGAGGAGACCCUGCUUACAUUGCUGGCCUCAGUUACCUUGAUGUGCAGAACCCCGAUGCGAACUGGAACAUGUAUACCAAGUGGGCAGGCUCUGUGAAGGAUUUCCCCACAGUCAUCAAGCAGAAGCUGAGGCCGCUAUACGAGCUGGUGAAAGAGGUCCCAUGUGCAGCCUUGAAGAAGCUCCACCUGAAGAGGGCCAUGGAGCAAUACCUGGCCGAGGAGCACUCCUGUCGCUGCCAGCCCUGCCGCAACAACGGGCAGCCCUUGCUUCGGGGCUCCACCUGCACCUGCGUGUGCAGGCCGGGAACCUCGGGUUCUGCCUGUGAACAUGGGACCCCAACGGAUGAUCAGCCAGGUGUGAUUCAUGGAAGCUGGACCUGCUGGUCUCCCUGGAGCUCCUGCUCUCAGGGUCAGAGGUCAAGAACACGCAUCUGCAGCAAUCCUUACCCCACAGCAGGAGGCAAACACUGCGAUGGGGCGGCUGUAGAUCACAUGGCCUGUGACGAUGGGCUGGAACACUUGCGUGCAAUGGAGCCUCAUUGCUUUGAUCCAUCACUGUCACAGUCAAAGUCCUGUAAGACUCCACCACCCUUGCGAAAUGGGUUUGUCAUGGAUCCAAAAGACGUCUACCCGGUUGGAAGUAAAAUUGUGUAUGCCUGCAUAGAGGGAUUCCACCUGGCUGGAGCUGAGAUUUUAGAAUGUGACGAAGAUCUGACAUGGACCCAUCAGCUAAUGGAAUGCAAGAGUACAGUGUGUGGCCCUCCGGCUCUUCCGCAUGAUGUCACGGGUAAUCCCUGGAACCUGACCUAUGAGAUUGGAGAGACAAUAGUGCUGUCCUGUGCUCCAGGAAAACAGCUGGAGGGCACCUCUGAGAUCCAGUGUGAUUCCAGCCUAAACUGGUCGCCACAGCUGGAUGUGAAGUGUAGCACGUUUCCAGAAAAACUUGCAAAAUCAAAUGUGCAAUGCAAACCAUGGGAGAAGCUUGCAGAUGAGAGAUGUGUCUGCAGAAUGCCCUACGAAUGCAAGUCAUCUUUAGAAGUCUGUGCAACGAACCAGGAUCGAGGCCAGACGAGUCUACUGACCGUUUGUCGAGUUCGCGCCCUGGAGUGCCUGGGCCGGCGCUAUGCCCUGGCUGAGGACAGUGCCUGCAUCUGGCCAGAGAAGAAAGCAGCGCUCUGUCCUGCGUGUCGGAUCUGGGAGAGAUGUGAUGAGCAAACCGACGUAUGUGUGUGUCGGAAUCCUGAGGAAUGCACGGAGCCGGGAUCCCGCGUGUGUGCCAGAGUGGGAGAAGACAAAUCUGCUGCUCCCGUGACAAUGACGGAAUGCGAGGCUGGACUCAGGAGAUGCAGAGGGGAGCAGGUCACUGUUGUGGACCUUCAGCCCUGUGAGUCUUGAAGAAAAAAACUGAUCAUACUGUAUACUGUACUGUUCUUUAGCUUCACAUACCUGAUUUAUAAACUUGUAUCUGGCCCUAUUAAACA